GUUUAAUGUAGCUGUUACUGUAAGACGAAGUUUGCUUCAGAAAAAAUUACAGGUACAACCACCUGUCAUUGUACAAAGCUAGAAAAACAGCGGCUUCUUUUUUUGAAAACUCCUCAAAUUCUCACAUACGUGCCUUUGUAAUUCACACUCAAAAUUCACACUCACGACUCGGUAGGGGAACAAAGCACAACAAGUCUAAUCCUAUGAAAGCUGAGGUUGCGAAGGGCGAAUGUUGCUUUUGAGCUGGUGCGCUAAUGCGUCGAAACGUCAUUUACGACGUGUGUCCCUGAUCCACUGAACGAUUUGUGUGUUAAUUAUUAUGCUAAACUAAUAAAAGCUGGGACUGCAGCCCAUGCGCGCUCAUUAUUUUCCUAGCCACGACACGGUGCAAUAGCGAAAUCAAUCGUAUUGAUUAUAUGAAGUUUGCUAUCGUGAAUUUGAACCUUAUAAGGUGCGCUUCAAACCGUCGAUUGAUCGGCAAGCUAAAUCGCGACAAGCCGUAAACCCGAGCCUAGCAAAUUAAAAUAAUAACAUACCAUAGAAAGCCCGAGGAAAUGAAGAGUAAAUGAAACGUGGGUGAGUCAAGAUAAAACGAUCUGGAAGUCUGACAUCACUGUAGUUUGGUUCAAGCAUUGGUCGUAUCACGAGCUCAGUCAAGUGGCGAAUAUGGAUCAAGCCAACGCUACCAACAACAGUCUUCCGUCGAAUGCAACCCUACCGUUUUUCUGCCGCGAGGACACAGUACUAGAAACAGCGAUCAAGCUCAUUGCUUAUACUGCCGUAUUGAUUGUGUCCUUAGUGGGAAAUAUCCGUGUCAUUUUAUUGAUUCUCCGCAGCCCCUGUUUGAGACGACGCACAAUCAAUUUAAUGGUGGUUAACAUGGCUUUAUCAGACCUCUUCCUCUCGUUAUUUGCGAUCCCUCGCACCAUGAGUGAAAUCGUCACGGAAAUAGGACGGUGGCAUGUGGACGGCCCGGCUGGCACCGCGCUCUGCAAAUUCGUCUUCUUUAUUCACGAUGUAUCAACUGCGGUUUCCAUAGAGUGCCUUGUUUUAAUCGCAGUGGAUCGUUUCUGUGCGGUGAUUUACCCCAUCCGCACCGCCACCCGUACAAGAUAUCGAGCGUUUCUCAUCCCACUGACAUGGAUUAUCGCCUGCGCCAUUCACUCGCCAACUCUCGUCAUCUACUUCCUCGAAUACGACCAGGGAUUUAUUUACUGCGAAUAUCGCUGGUCACCCAUCCCCGAAGAGCACGCGCGCAUCGUCCGCGAUCAUUAUAUCGUGAUGUUCUGCCUACACAUGGUGCUGCCUUUUUUCCUUCUGACGUUCCUCUACUCGGGCAUACUCGUCAAGCUUCACCAACGCGGUUAUCUCCUGCGAUCUGCGCUAACACACCGUAUGAGCGCGCGAAAACGCCGCGAACACAACAUCCUAAAAAUGGCAAUUACCAUUCUCAUCGCGUUUGCCGUUUGCUGGGCUCCGUUCAAUACAUUUGUAGUCUUGGACGUUUUUGUCCUAGACGGACCAAACUGUUCCCUAAGAGUCUUUUUCUUUUUCGCAAUGUUCCUGGCCUAUAUGAACAGCGCAGUUAAUCCUGGGAUUUAUCACUUUUUCAGUCGAAAUUUCAGGAAGGUCUCAAAGCGUAACGGUACUCGCCCGCGAGGCGUAAUAGCACCAAACAUCAACCACAUGGCGGCGUGCUGUCAGCUUCGACUCUCUCUGCCUCGUCCGCGGAAGACAAAGAGCGCAGGGAAUACCCCCAAACUUGAGCUUAUUACUGCUCUAUAAGACACGCACCCGGCUUUUACGCACAACACCGCCUCUGGUAACAAACUCCAGACAUUUUCUGAUACAGAGCGUUAGAAGAAUAGAUAAUAGAAGAGGAAUAAACUGUAAUCUAGUUCAAAAUUAUGUCAUCGCCCCUCAUGUUCUUUCAAAAGGUUCAUCUGACUUACGUGUAAGAUACAUGGCUUUGUUAAGCCUACUUCAGCAUAGAGCAUAUUUAGAACGCCAUCUAACUUCGAGUGUGAGCUGUAUAUACCUUGAUAUUGUAAAUAGGUAGCGCGAGACCUGUAAAGUCUAAUAUAUUGUAUGAUACUGAUUGUAAAAGACAUCACUCGCAUUAUAUCUAGCGAACUGCGAUAGUUACACGACUAUCGAAUAGAUUUAAAUGAUUCCAUCGCCGUAGCUCUAUUGUCUUUGUAUAUUAUAGUUUGCCCCCUCAUCAUUAAACACAUUGUAUAUACUAAGGCAAGUCAGUGAAGUCAUACAAAUAAAUUGGGUAAAAUUG